AUGUCCUAUCAACUGAUUAUCUUUCUGGCAUUUGCUACAAGCAGCAUUGCUGUAUGGUUGGGUGAGGAAUACUGGACAACAGUUAGCAGCGACGGUUCUUUGCUUGGAGAUCGAAGCGUAAACGAUUUUUUGACAUUUGAUGUCAAGCAUCAUAAUAUACCUAUAACAAACGCAUAUGUUGCAUUUUGGAUAACUUAUGAUGAAUUUGGUCAUUAUGAAACUUUUGGCCAUGCAUACUUGGUGCAAAAUAAAAUUUGUGGUCGUUUCGUGAAUAGAAAUCAUAAGGCAACUGUAAUUUGUGGUGGCUUUCGUGUACUUUCCCAAAGUAAUAAAGACGGAACUUUAAGAUUCAAAUUCAUCGAAGCUGGAUUAGCAAAUAUCCAUCUAGCAGUCGAGUAUCGUAAUAAACAAGUAGCGAAAAUUCUAAAUUGGCAGAAAAAAGAAGCCUCAUAUGGAAGUGCUAAUAUGAAGGAAGCUGUUGCCGAAGGCAUCGAACACGACCAUAGUUAUAAUAAAAUCUCAUACAUCGAUGACCCAUUCCACUAUCAGCAAUACGUGUACAUUCUUGUCACGACAGAUACAAAUGACGCGGAAGUGGGAAAAGCAUCCCUCAAUGCAUUCUAUCACACUCCGAAGGAAGAAGAACAAAUGUUGAUUUUCUAAAUACAUAAUGAUAAACACAACGAUCAUCACUUCCAUCGUGACCAGCGCCAAAAGCAUCGAAAACAUGACCAAGAGUACCUUAACAGACGUGAAUACGAACGAUAUGAACAUGCGCGUAAGCAUGAAUACAAAGAAGAACAAAGUGAAGAUCAAGAAGACAAAAAUGAACGUGAAGAACAAAGACAAGAUUAUAAACAAGACGAAGGAAGACAG